AUGCCGAGCAGAACUUAUGUUGCAAAAUCGCAGAAAACUGCCGGUGGUUUAAAAGUAGCAAAGGACCGUGUAACAUUGUUGUUUUGUUCCAAUGCUUCAGGAGAACGUAUGUUAAAACCACUGCUAGUAAAUCGUGCUUUAAGACCACGCUCGAUGAAAAGUGUAGAUUUCAAUAAACUGCCAAUUCACUGGACAGCAAACAAAAAGGCAUGGAUGACCAGUGCAAUCUUUACAGAAUGGUUCCAGAAAUACUUCAUUUCAGAAGUUAGACGCUACAUGAAUGCAAAAUGUCUAGAAUUUAAAGUUCUUUUAAUUCUAGACAAUGCACCUUGCCAUCCGCUCUUGGAGCACCCAGAUGUGCAAUUUUGCUAUCAUCCGCCUAACACUACAUCCUUAAUACAACCGCUAGACCAAGGGAUCAUUGCUACUUUUAAAAAGUACUACAUAAAACGUUCAUUCCAAUACGUGGUAGACAAACUAGACCAUAAUGAGGAUUUAACAGUCAUUGAUAUGAGGAAAAAAUGUUCUAUUAUGGACUGCAUUAAUCAAAUUGGGUUAGCGUUAGCUGACUUAAAGCCAUCAACCUUGAACUCAUGUUGGAAAAAUAUUUGGCCAGAAUGUGUCAAAAGCAAAGAUCCUGAACCUGUCAUCCAUAAUAACGCUGUUUUUACUGACAUCACAACGCUGGCACAUACAAUUGGUGGAGAUGUAUUCGAUGAUCUAUCAUUUGCCGAUAUAGAGGAAUUAUUAGCUGAUAAAAGCUUGAGCGAAAAUGAAAUUAUAGACCUCACCCUUGAGACUCAUCAAGACAGAGAACACAGCGAUAAUGACGAAGAAGAUCCUCCCAUUUUAAAUGCAACUCUAAUUAAAGAAGGUCUUGAUCUUGCCAGAAAAUUAGGUAAUAAUUUUCAACAGCAUGAUCCUGAUGAGGAACGAGCUGCAAAAUUUCAACGUGAACUGAAAUCAUUAAUGGCAUCUUACAGGGAACUUUAUAAAGGUUUAUCACGAAAUCAAACACAAUCUUUAAUGACUGAUUUCCUUCUAAACACUACUGAAUUAUCAACACAGGAGCCUAGAGAUGAUAAUCCAGAAACAAUUUCACAAGAUGAUGAACAAAAUAAUUCUAGUGAUGGCAGUGAUAUUCUAGUCUUACGCAAACGUAUGCGUUUAUUGUCAGAAAGUGACAAUGCAUAA